AUGCGGGUUCUUAUCCAGCGCGUCAGCCAGACCCGCGUGCGCGAAGUCGAGCGGUGGUUUGCUUUGGUGUCGACGCAGAAUGGCCCCGGCAUCGACUACGGCAAGGGCAAGACUUGGGUGUCGCUGGCCACGAUCGCUGCUGAGCUCAAGAAGUCCAACCCCAAGAAAUACCCCAACAAGAAGGUCGUGGUCGACGCCUUCUUCGGUGGCGAGUACCGCUUGCCCAGUUGCAGACCAGGCGAGCCAUUUGCUUGGAUCUGCGACGGGGGUGGCGUGUACGUCAUCGUCGUCUACGCGAUGGUGCAAUACAACGGAGAACCCCGCUACUACCUAAUCGUGGAGUUUGGCAGCCCCGAAGACGAUCUACAGGGCAAGAACGACCAGCAGGAGAUCGAGCUGCUGCGGCUUGCUCCCGUGCAGAUACUUCUCGCGGGCCGCGACCAGCUCCAGCAACUCGCUGGUGACUUCAGAACUGGCAGCUUUGUCAAUGACACCGGAAGCAAGGCAGUUCAUAGCCUCCACCAGCACGCGGAGUACAACAAGCGCCUGAAGGCAGAAAUUGAGGAUCUUAAAUCUCAACUCGCUCAUCACGGCAUCCGAUUAGAGAAGCUCAACUCUCAGCGCGCUCAGGACGAAGAACGAUUUCAAGGAGUUCUAGCUGAAAUGGAGCAACUCAAAGCAAAAGUUGCCGCAUUGUGCACGGGUCCUCAUGUUGCCUCCCAAGGGAUCGACCUUACCAAUCCGCUCUAG